AUGAAAAACGUGAAGAGCACGAUGGCGACGACAAACACCGCCUCCACCCAAUCCAUCCUCAACGACGCCCCCAUCAACGCCCCCGACGAGAGGAAGGUCGAAAAGAAACUCCCGCGCGACAAGGAAAAGAAGCGCCACAAGACCACGGGGCCGCAUACGGACACGGAGGUGUCGCUCAAGGAGGAUACGCGUCGCCUGAACCGCCGCAAGAAAUGGGAGCCGUUCCUCAGCUCGCAGGAGGUGGUCCAAGCGCUGGAGGCAUCCCUCUCCCCCGAAGAACACCGCAGCGUCCAGGAGAUCAUCAAAAAUGGCCACCCCUACACGGCACAGCAAAAGGGUAUCGCCCUGUCGGCGGUGACGGUCAUCAUGGAUGCGAUCAAGAAUGAUUUGCCCAAGCAGACACGCGAUGAUCCAUCCCAAAUGGAGCGGAUUCGCCGCCGCAUCUACCAGGAGGUGUUCAUCCACAAGGACAUCGUGCCCGAGAUCUGGAAGGGUAGAGAAAAUGCCGGCACGGUGACGGCGAUCCCGGAAGCGACGACACCUGAUGCUCACGGAUCGGCCAGCCCAAAGGAGGAGGAGAAGCGAGAGAGCAGAGAGAAAGAGGGCAGAGAUGGAGUGAAGUCAAAUUCCGUCCGCACGGCUCGCCCAGAAAUGCCGGGCGCGACGACGCAACGCUCCUCCGAACGGGCCAUCCCGAUGCAUGACCGUGUUCGAGCCGUCGUCUCGACCAUCAGCACCGCCAUCCGCUCCCUGUUCCUCUCCAUCAUCUCCUUCUUCAAGUUGCUGUACGCGCAGCUGCCGUCGCCGUCGGAUGUGCUGGAGGGGUUGUGGAUGAUCGCCUGCUGGCUCUAUCGGGGCAUCGCAUACAUCUUGUCCUUCAUCUGGCCGUGGCGUUGGGUCCAGUCCAAGCCGAUUCCGGUCGACAACCCGAUGGACGGGAUCGCUGGAAGCCCUCCUCGCCGACGUCGUGAGCACCCGUUGCCCGUCAUUGUGCGCCACAUCCACACCGCCGACGAUUGCGUCGUUUUCCCGGGUCGAAGCUCCUAUGAUGAUACAGUCGAGCGCUGCGGCACGGCUGCCCGCGCGGAAGCACCGCCUCCGCAGCGCAUCGAGUGGCGCGGCACGAUGUUCGCCUUCCCGUCCGACCCGAAGAAGUGCCCCGACUACAAGCUGCACAAGUACAAC